AUGGCGCCCCAAGCGGGUGCGGGUGGGAUGAGUGAGCAGGAGCAGAAAUAUGCCAAGAUUAUACAAUCGGGCAUGGAAUCAUGUGUGGUCAAGUCUAUCAUGGCUGGCGGAAUAGGCUUUGCGUUGGGAGGCGCUUUCGGCCUUUUCGUUUCUAGUAUGUCCUACGACACGCCCCUCACACCUCAAGGCCAAGCAAUCGCCAACUUACCCGUGCGCGAACAAAUCCGACGCGGCUUCAAAGACAUGGGCUCACGGUCCUACUCCUCGGCGAAGAAUUUUGCUCUCGUGGGCGCGGUCUUCUCCGGAACUGAAUGCUGCAUAGAAGGGCUGCGCGCAAAGUCUGACUUGACGAACAGCGUUGCUGCGGGCUGUAUAACAGGCGGAAUACUGGCUAGAAAUGCAGGUCCGCAGGCUGCCCUGUUGGGAUGUGGUGGAUUCGCCGCUUUCAGUGCGGCCAUCGAUGCUUAUAUGAGGAUGCCUGGGGACUCGUAA